CAACUCAUCUAAUAGUUUGUUGUUUCAUAUUUGCUACUCUCAUCUCUACUGAAGUACAAUUAUGGAAAAGUAAAAAUGAUGUAUGGAAAAUGAAAGAACUUUGGUAAGUUAGUUAGAUCUCACAAAGAGAAAGGGAAACAAAAUGCAAGAGAAAGAGAGAGGGCUAAAUACUUGCUCACACCAGCGGUUAACAACAAAUCAACAGAUGCAUGAUAUUAUCACUUAAUUGUGGUCUUGAGAACUUGAACGGAAAAUUACAAUCAUGGAAAAACGAAAAGAUAAUGAAGAAGCAAACAACUCAUUGGUGUUAUUUUCUGCUCUUCACAAGGACAUUGCCGAUGUUUUGGAUUUCCUAGAGAGAUUAGAGAAUGAGGAAAAUCAAAAAGCUCUUGACAAAGAUCUAGUUGAAAAGCUAAAAUUGGAGCUGGCAUUUAUUUGUACAUAUGUCCAGCUUUCUUAUUGCAAUUUGGAGCAGUUUGAAGAUAUAAUGACGAGAAAAAGACAAGAGGUUGAGAAUCUGCUUCAACCACUUUUGGAUGAUGAUCGCAAAGACGUCGGGUGUAAAUAUGUCCUUACUAGCCUCGCCGGUAAUAUGGAUAACUGUAUCAGCUUGUAUCAUGGUUCUUCUAAAUCAGAUGCCACCAUGAUGGAUGAGCAAUUGGACUUCCUCCUCUUGAAUCUCUAUCAUCUAUCCAAGCAUCGUGCUGAAAAGAUGUUUCCUGGAGUGACUCAAUAUGAGGUUCUUCAGAAUGUAUGUGGCAAUGUCAGAGAUUUCCAUGGGUUGAUAGUGAAUGGUUGCAUUAAACAUGAGAUGGUUGAGAAUGUCUUACCUCUGUUUCAACUGAUGGCUGAGAGAGUAGGACACUUCCUUUGGGAGGAUCAGACUGAUGAAAAUGCUCAACUCUCCGAGCUAGAUGAGGAUGAUCAGACUGAUGAAAAUGCUCAACUCUCCGAGCUAGAUGAAGAUGAUCAGAAUGAUAGAGACUCUCGACUCUUCAAGCUAGCACAUCUACUCUUGAAGAUUGUUCCAAUUGAAUUGGAGCUUAUGAACAUAUGUUAUACAAAUUUGAAAUCUUCAACUUCAGCAGAAGUUGGACGCUUCAUUAAGAAGCUCCUGGAAACCUCUCCGGACAUUGAGGAGACAAAAUGGAUACUUAGAAAGCUCAUUGGUGGACCAACAGAUCUAGAUGUCAUUUCGAUCACUGGUAUGCCGGGUUCAGGCAAAACUACUUUGGCAUUCAAAGUAUACACGGAUAAAUCAAUUUCUUGUCAUUUCGACCUUCGCGCAUGGUGCACAGUCGACCAAGAAUAUGACGAAAAGAAUUUGUUGAAUAAAAUUUUUAAUCAAGUUAAUGGCUCGGAUUCAAAAUUGAUUAAGAAUAUUGAUGUUGUUGAUAAGCUACGGAAACAACUGUAUGGAAAGAGGUAUCUUAUUGUCUUAGAUGACGUGUGGGAUACUACUACAUGGGAUGAGUUAACAAGACCUUUUCCAGAAGUUGAGAAAGGAAGUAGAAUUAUUUUGACAACUCGAGAAAAGGAAGUGGCUUUGCAUGGAAUGAUCUACACUGAUCCUCUUAACCUUCGAUUGCUAAGAUCAGAAGAAAGUUGGGAGUUAUUAGAGAAAAGGGCAUUUGGAAACGAGAGUUGCCCUGAUGAACUAUUGGAUGUUGGUAAAGAAAUAGCCGAAAAUUGUAAAGGGCUUCCUUUGGUGGUGGAUCUGAUUGCUGGAGUCAUUGCUGGGAGGGAAAACAAAAAGAGUGUGUGGCUUGAAGUUGUAAAUAAUUUGCAUUCCUUUAUUUUGAAGAAUGAAGUGGAAGUGAUGAAAGUUAUAGAAAUAAGUUAUGACCACUUACCUGAUCACCUGAAGCCAUGCUUGCUUUACUUUGCAAGUAGGCCGAAGGACAAAGAAUUGACAAUCUAUGAGUUGAAAUGUGUAUGGGGUGCUGAAGGGUUUGUGGAGAAGACAGAAAUGAAGAGUAUGGAAGAAGUGGUGAAGAUUUAUUUGGAUGGUUUAAUUUCCAGUAGCUUGGUAAUUUGUUUCAAUGAGAUAGGUGAUGACCCGACUUACCAAGUUCAUGAUCUUGUGCAUGACUAUUGCUUGAUAAAAGCAAGAGAGGAAAAGUUGUUUGAUUUGAUAAGUUCAAGUGCUACAUCAGAUUUGUUGCCUCGUCAAAUUACCAUUGAUUAUGAUGAUGAUGAGGAGCACUUUGGGCUUAAUUUUGACCUGUUCGGUUCAAAUAAGAAAAGGCAUUCUGGUAAACACCUCUAUUCUUUGAGGAUAAAUGGAGACAAGAUGGGCGAUUGUCUCUCUGAUACAUUUCACCUAAGACACUUAAGGCUUCUUAGAGUGUUGUACCUGGGUCCCUCUUUUAUCAUGGUUAAAGAUACUUUGCUGAAUGAAAUAUGCAUGUUGAAUCAUUUGAGGUACUUAAGAAUUGGGACACAAGUUAAAUCUCUGCCUUUGUCUUUCUCAAACCUCUGGAAUCUAGAAUUCCUGCGGGUGGAUAACAAAGAAUCAACCUUGAUACUAUUACCGAGAAUUUGGGAUCUUGUAAAAUUGCGACUGGUGGCCAUGAAUGCUUGUUCUUUCUUUGAUAUGGAUGCAGAUGAAUCAAUACUGAUAGCAGAGGACACAAAGUUAGAGAAGUUGACAUUAUUAGGGCAACUCCUGCUUUCCUAUUCGAAAGAUACAGAGGAUAUUUUCAAAAGGUUUCCCAAUCUUCAACAUCUUACAUUUGAACUCAAGGAGUCAUGGGAUUAUUCAACAGAGCAUUAUUGGUUCCCGAAAUUGGAUUUCCUAACUGAACUAGAAGACCUCAAAGUAAGUUUUGCAAGUUCAAACACAAAUGACAGUGGGUCCUCUGCAGCCAUAAAUCGGCCAUGGGAUUUUCACUUUCCUUCGAGUUUGAAAAGAUUGUGGUUGAAUGAAUUUCCUAUGACAUCCGAUUCACUAUCAACAAUAGCGAGACUGCCCAACCUUGAAGAGUUGUUCCUUUAUGAGACAAUCAUCCAUGGGGAAGAAUGGAACAUGGGGGAGGAAGACACCUUUGAGAAUCUCAAAUAUUUGAAGUUGUAUCAAGUGACUCUUUCCAAGUGGGAGGUUGGAGAGGAAUCCUUUCCCUCCCUUGAGAAAUUAAAACUGGAGGGAUGUCGUAAGCUUGAGGAGAUUCCGCCUAGUUUUGGGGAUAUUUAUUCAUUGAAAAUUAUCAAACUUGUAAAGAGCCCUCAACUUGAAGAUUCUGCUCUCAAGAUUAAGGAAUACGCUGAAGAUUUGAGGGGAGGGGACGAGCUUCAGAUCCUUGGCCAGAAGAAUAUCCCGUUAUUUAAGUAGCAUUAUAUGUGAACAGAUCACAUGUAAAGAAGAUGGUUACAAUUCUUUUAUUCUGUUGUGGUGAAUAUGUAUUCCAAGAGUUGCUACCCUUCAACUCUCUGCUAUGAUGGGAAAGAACACAAAAGGUUCGCAACCUCUGUUCUAUAUGAAAGUUGUCCUAUAUCUCAGCUUAACUUUUGUAUAGUUUUGAGACUCGAUACAGUAACUGCAUUUGUAAUAAAAUAGAAAAACUUGUCAUGGUUAUCAUUCAUGAGUACUGCUGUCCUUAUAGGUGAAAAAAGUUUUAAUCUUUGCAUCUGAAUGUGCAAGAUUAUCGGUCUUGAGGAGAUAGCUAACUAUUGUGAGGACUUAAUAAGGGUAUUUCCUUAUGCGCAAGAACUGAAUGUAUCCUUGACAGAGCUAUCUCAGCUGGCUCCACUUGGUUCUAUACUUGUGCUGCCAAAUGACAAAUGCCCCCUUGGUUACUAUUGCAAGGAACUGGUUUAACUUGAUUCGGUUUCAUUUGUGUUUACUCAAGCCUCAAACUCCUGAUUACCUAAUUUUUUUGCUCAAGCCCCUUGUGUAGUUUUAGCAUGCUGGUUGUAGUCAACGGAAGAUGGGAGCUAAAGGUUAUUGAAGAAGGCUUUUGAAGCUCAGACACCAUCAAUUUCACCCUUGACCGAGGGAUUAGAAGUAACAAAUACUAUUAUGUUUUUGGAUGGGUAAUAUUAUGAGCAUGUUCAAUUUAUUCCUCUGAUGAAAAUGGUGUUAGUUAAUUAUCUAACCCUUGGAUUGCUCGAUACUGGUUUUGGGGCCAUCAUUCCCCACUGCAAGGGAUUGCAAGUUUGCAAUGACUUUCCCUUGUGUGUAUCAAGUCUUUACUUUUGAGAAAAUAUCAAGUGUAUGCCAUGACCCUUACAAUUACAUUAUGCAAAUGGAAUUCAAAUCUUUUGGAA